GAUUGUACCCAUUUCAAUAGUCUAGUACUUGUAGAGGUAUGAAAUAAUCAUUUGCUUGUUCCGGGAAGAAAUUUUAAUUUUUAUAAGAGAAAAAUUCAAGCGCUCGUUAUCUAUUCAAAAGUUACGUCAACCGAUAAUUGAAGAUGUUAUCACUGUACCAUGUACUCACCUUCCACUUGGAAAUGGAAUAACCUAAAUUCGAGGACCCGGUGAAUAUCUCAUAACAUUGAUAAUUAAAACUCCGAUUGAUCGAUUAAAAAAUUAAUUCUACAAUGGAUUGGGUGAGGAUAUCACAAAUUCUCUGCAUGUUCGGUUUCCUGAAGGAAUUCCGACCUGGAGAACCUUUUAUCACGGAUUAUCUCACAUCGGAGUGGAAAAACUUUACAUCAGAACAGGUGACCGAGGACAUUUAUCCCGUCGGCACUUACAGCUAUUGUGCAACCCUCGUCGUAAUUUUCCUCUUGACGGAUUUCCUGAGGUACAAACCCAUAAUAAUCCUCUGCGGAUUGUCAGGAAUCAUCGCCUUCUGCACAUUGACUUUCGGAAAAAGUCUGGGUGCAAUGCAAUUCCUGGAAUUCAUGUACGGUUUUUAUCUCUCAACAGACGUGGCUUAUUAUACUUACAUUUAUGCCAAAGUCGAUAAGAAACAUUACGAAAAAGUGUCGAGCUACACCAGAUCAGCAUUUCUAUUCGGACGUUUUUUCGCUAGCACCGUAUCUCAAUUAAUCAUAUCUUAUCAACUAAUGAACUAUCACCAGCUAAAUUUCCUGACUAUUGCAGGUCAAGUACUAGCAACGAUUUGGGCCUUAUUUCUCCCACCGGUGAAGCAGUCGGUGUAUUUCCACCGUCCCAUGACAAUUACCGAUGGAAUUAAUAAUUCCUCAGACUCCAGUUCUGCAAAACGAACAAUUGACUCUGGAGUGGAGUCAUCUGUCGCCUUGAAAGGCCAUCAGGCAAAACCUAUGGUAUUGAAAAUAAAAUCAGCGUAUUAUCUACUGUGGAAGGAUUUCCUGAAGGCCUACACUAGCUUCCACGUGCUCAAGUGGUCGUUAUGGUGGGCAGCAGCAUCUUGUGGGUAUCUCCAAGUGCUCAGUUACAGUCAGCCUGUCUGGCAAACUGCUGUAAAAAAAGAUGAUAAGAUAUACAACGGAGCUGUUGAAGCCCUCUACUCCAUCAUUGGCGCAGCUGCGGUUUUCGCAGUUGGAAGAUUGAGACUCAACUGGGAGUUCCUCGGGGAGGCUGUGCUGGUUGUCUUCACUUUCGUCGAGGCUUUCCUCCUCUUCGUGACGGCACAUAAUUAUAAUAUCUGGGUGCUCUAUACUCUUUACAUUAUCUUUGGAGUUAUUUAUCAUACGAUUGUGACGGUGGCGAGUUUUGAGGUAGCAAAGAAAAUAUCUGAAGACAGCUAUGGGCUAGUAUUCGGGAUAAAUAUUUUGGUAUCCCUAAUUUUUCAAACCAUUUUGACGUACAUCGUGACGAGUGGACGUGUCUUCAAAUUAGACAUCAGACAACAGUUUGUCGUCUACGCCUGGUACUUCGUCGUUCUCGCAAUAUUUUUUAUCCCUGCGGCUAUUAUCACAAUCAUAAAAUCGUAUAGAAGAGGCGCGAUGAUAACAGCUUGGGCUCCCACGGAUAAUUCCAGUGAAACAUCUGGUAAUCAGAAGAUCGAGGAGAAUAGCAGUUGAAAAUAAUAAAAAGUCUGCCCCUGACAACAGUAUUAUAGCUAUGAAAAUUCGGGGAAAAGCAGAUUUUUUUAAUAAUUAGUUUUUCAAGAGCUCUGACAGUCGUACUCAUUAGAGUUUUACGAAUUGUUAUCAAGUAUUGAAUCAUGGGAUUCGACCCUCAGGUUUUUUUUACUAUUAGAGAUUUUAUGACAGAAUGUAUUUUUACAAUAAA